CUAGCUCGCGCUUCAAUGGAAAGUGAACGCUAUCAUUAUGUUCUGAAGGCUGUGUAUGCUCCACACGGAGAUAGUUUUGCAGCCUCUAAAGCUGCUUGUGAAUUGAUAAGUCAGGGUGUCAUAGCUAUAUUUGGUCCCACUGAUCCGAUUUCGGCUUCCGCUGUCGAAGCACGAUGCCGUUCUGCAGGAAUUCCUCAUAUUCAGGCUAAUUGGCGUCCACCUCCGGUCCGUGGUCUAGAGCGUCCGUCGCCGCCUGGUAUUAAUUUGUAUCCAGAGGCAGUAGCCUUGUCGAAGGCCAUUGCAAUAUUCAUUAAAGACAGCGAUUGGACUACGUACACUUUACUUUAUGAUGAUGAUCAAGGCUUAAUAAGACUACAGGAGAUAUUAAAGCACGCUGAUUCGGAAGUGAAGUGGCUGGUAAGAAAACUUGCUCCUGGCGAAGACAACCGUACGUUAUUAAAAACUUUGAAAGCCACUGGCGAAACUCGAGUCAUACUCGACUGCCCAGCUCAUCGAGUACUCGAUUACCUUCGACAAGCUCGUGAAGUUAAUUUCUUCGAAGAUUACAUGAGCUAUAUUCUUACUUCCCUCGACGCUCAUACACUUGAUCUAGAGGAGCUGCGAUAUGGAUUAUCAAACGUUACCUGUUUAAGAAUAUUUGAUUAUUCAGAUGCUAGAACUAAGUCGUAUUUAGCUGACUGGAAAGUGAGAGUAACACCUGAUAUAAAAAUACCAGUUCAACCACAACAAAUAACAGUUGAAACAGCUCUAGCAAGUGAUGCAGCGCGGUUGAUCACAGACGCCGUGGAGAGCGCUCCAGAAGAAUUCAAAAUUGAAGCUAAGCCAAUUGAGUGUGGCUCUGAAGACAAAUGGGAAAUAGGAGAGGAUUUCCUGAAUCACAUUUUAACGAAUCCAAUUGUCGGUAUCACGAAUACGAUAACAGUUGAUAACACUACAGGUGACCGAACAAAGUUCAAUGUAGAAAUUUUAGAACUGUCCAAUAGUGGUUUCGCCAGUAUAGCACAAUGGAAUUCUGAUACAAACUUCGUAUACUUUCGAACAGACAGCGAGUCGAAAGAACGUUUGGCUGAGAAAUGGCAGAACAAAACAUUCAAAGUCGUUUCUCGGAUCGGUGCUCCUUAUUUAGUAGAAAGAACUCCACCGCCAGGUGAGACCUACACAGGCAAUGAUCGCUACGAGGGUUAUUCAAAAGAUUUAAUACAUGAAAUUUUAAAAGAAAGUUUGAAAUUGAAUUACGAAAUUGAGAUCGUACCAGGAAACGGGUACGGCUCAUACAAUAAAGAUACUAAGAGUUGGGAUGGACUAAUAGGGCAGUUGUUAGAACGAAAAGCAGAUUUAGCAAUAUGCGAUUUGACGAUAACAUACGAACGAAGAUCUUAUGUUGACUUUACAACUCCGUUUAUGACUUUGGGCAUUUCGAUUUUAUAUUCGAAGCCAAUCCCUCCGGAUCCAGAGCUAUUUUCCUUCCUAAAGCCCUUUUCUGUCGAUGUAUGGAUUUAUAUGGGAGCAGCUUAUUUAUUGGUGUCUUUACUACUUCACAUUUUAGCCAGACUGGCUCCAAAUGAUUGGGAAAAUCCUCAUCCGUGUGAUAAAUCACCAGAAGAACUAGAAAAUAUCUGGCACAUCAAAAACUCUUGUUGGUUAACUAUGGGUUCAAUCAUGACUCAAGGUUCAGACAUUUUGCCUAAGGGCUAUUCCACGAGGUGGGUUUGCGGGAUGUGGUGGUUCUUUGCUCUUAUCAUGUGUUCGUCAUACACCGCCAAUCUCGCUGCCUUCUUAACUAACGCGGCAAUGGACGAUUCCAUUAAAAAUGUUGAAGACUUAGCUUCACAAACCAAAGUUAAAUAUGGAACUUUAUUUGGUGGUUCCACUUACUCAUUUUUCAAGCGAUCAAAUGUAACCACGUAUAGAAAAAUGUGGGGCACCAUGGAAUCCGCUCGUCCUUCGGUUUUCGUAAAGAACAACGACGAAGGCGUCGAAAGAGUACUUAAAAGCAGAAGAGGUUAUGCCUAUUUCAUGGAAUCAACUGCUAUUGAAUACCAGUUAGAGCGUCAUUGUGAACUAAUGCAGAUCGGCGACCCUCUUGAUUCAAAAGGAUACGGAAUCGCAAUGCCGUUUUUCUCUUCAUACCGUGGUGCCGUCGAUAACGCUGUACUAAAAUUAGCCGAAAGCGGGAAAUUGGUGGAGAUAAAAAAUCGUUGGUGGAAAUUGCCUCCCGAAGAAGCUUGUGUUACGGAAAAGAAAGCUGAUACCGGUAUGAGUCCAUUAGGCGUUGAUAAUGUGGGUGGUGUAUUUGUUGUGCUGGGAAUCGGAUGCGGGAUAGCAGCAGCAAUGGGCAUCUUUGAAUUCUUAUACCACGUUAGGGAAGUUGCUAUAGAACAAAAGAUGACCCAGUCAGAAGCAUUCUGGGCAGAAUUGAAGUUCGCCUUAAGUUUCUGGGAAACAGAAAAGCCGGUAAAGCACUCACGACCAUCUUCCUCGGCAUCCGAAUCGAAUCCAGUUUCCAGAGCUUCGUCGGUACUAAGAUCGGCAGCGGAUCUUUUCCACGUAGAUUUAUUCAAGAAUCACAGUUAAAUGAAUUUCAACUAUCAUUAUAAAUAAUUAAGAAAAAUAUAGACUACUGAAUGAAGAUUA